AUGAGAAUGACUAUUGCGGCUUGUGAUGCCUUGGAUGGAAAGUCGGACGGUGUCGUCUCACGGACCGAUCUCUGCAAACUCCAUUUCGACAUUGACGACGUUGUUGGGGAGCCUUAUUCAUGCGACGCGGUUGAGUCCAACGGGUCACUACGAAGCCACGUUGCCAAGAGCGCUGCCACACCGGCGCAGAGCGACAUAGUCAUGGUCCAAGCUGCAAAGCUGAUCAAGACGUAUCUGAACGGACCUCAUGACUCGGACGGCCGCCGCAUCUAUCUCAGCUCUCAAUGCGGCUCGGACCUCACCAACGUAUCCGAGUGGGUGGCUCGUUUUUUGAACCUCCAGGACACGGCCCUGCUAAGCGACUUUGGCAACGUCACGUAUGAUCACUUGAGGAAAUGGAUCACACUUGGACUUCAGACGAACUGA